UACAAUUCCCCCAUUCCUCUGAUAGGAUGUUUCUGUGGGCAGGAAGUAAAGCAACAGAUGGAAGAGGUGAACGCAGAUCCAUCUACCAGAAGUUCCGUGAGUAUGAUGUCCUGGACAAGAGGAAGACGGUGACAGCUCUGAGGGCAGGAGAGGACAGAGCAAUACUGCUGGGCCUCAGCAUGGUCCUCCUGUCUGUCAUGAUGUACUUUGUCCUGGGAAUCACCAUACUGCGUUCUUACUCUGACAGUGUGUGGACGGACGAGGCUAGCUGCGCCAUCGUAAACUCCACCAUCGUCUAUGAUGUAAACUGUUCAUACAGCUGUGGAGCAGAGUGUUGGAAGAGAUCUCGUUUCCCUUGUCUCCAGGUCUUUGUCAGUCUCAACUCUUCAGGAAAGGUGUUACGACUGCUCCACAACGAGGAGACGCAGGACAGCAACCCUGAGUGUUUCUACAUCCCAACGUGCCGUAAGAACUAUGCAGCCACACAUGCUAUGGUGCAUAACAUAUCUGAACGUCUCAGAUCUCAGCACACAGUCCAGUGUUUCGUGGACCCGACAGACCGAGUGGACAGCGCCAUCUUGACGCAGAUUUACGGCCGAGUCGCCGUCUUCCACUCGCUGUUCUGGCCCACCUGCACCUUGAUCGGAGGAACCAUUAUCAUUGCCAUGGUGAAGCUGACCCAGUACCUGUCAAUCAUGUGUGAGCGACUGAGCCGCAUCAAGAGGUGAGAUGUCAGGAGACCCAUAAGGAUGUUCCCAUUAUAUGGACAAGGGAACAACGAAAGUGGUUUCGUGGGGCCAAGACUGAAAGACAAAGUGGAUGGAAGACUGAGAUAUGACUGGACGCAGUGACAGUCUGAAAGCAGCUACUGUAGGAAGAGAAACAAUGUAUGUCAGUGGGAGAUCACACUGAGAAAUCCAGACAUGAAGAUAAACUGAUGUAGGUUUGCAGCUUGAAGCCAGUGAGGCACGCUGGUAGCUGAAGCCCAGCAACAACCUUUGAAACCUUAAUUUCCAUGAUAUUUGUAAGCCAGUCACUAAUUUUCUAAGUAUUUAUAGUAGUAAUUAAAGUAAUUGUGUUCCUGUUCUGAAACAGGGAGGUUUUCUAUAGCUUUAGCUUGGUCGCCAAAAGUGCAUUUUGGGUCAUCUGGGUCCCCAUAUAGUGACAGCUGUUAAUAGUUUAUUGCAGCUGUGUCUUACAAAGAGAGAAUUUACUGAUUUGAUGCUUUAGGGCCUAUAUGUGGAAAACGUUAACCUAUUGUUAGAAAGUCUCCAUACUGACACUGUGAACUGAAUGUGAAG